UCAUCGCAAAUGCAUUUCCCAUUCAUCGCCUUCAAAAAGCUCUCACCAGUUCCUCCUUCGAUCGCUUUAUUUCUCUGUUCACCCCGAUCUUUCUUCUCAGAUUUAUAGAGAUAGAGGGGAAGAGUUGCACAAAGUGAAAGAUUUCUAGAGAGAGAAAGUAGAGAGAGAGAGUUUGCGCGCAUCCGAGGAUGUCUCUAACGUGCGUGAAGAUGUCGGAGGAUGUUUGGUUAACAUGUCUCACUCAUGCAUUGUCCACGGAGACCGAAGAGAUCAUGGGGCUUCUUCUCGGAGACAUUCAGCACUCAAAAAAUGGCGGUGUGACGGCUCUAAUUUGGGGGGCAUUGGCACAGCCACGUUCUGAUCGGCGGAAGGACCGAGUAGAGACUAAUCCUGAACAGUUGACUGCUGCAUCAGUUCAGGCUGAGAGAAUGACUGUGGCGACCGGAAGAACAACAAGAGUGAUUGGUUGGUACCAUUCGCAUCCUCACAUCACAGUACUUCCUUCCCAUGUCGAUGUGCGAACUCAGGCCAUGUAUCAGCUUUUAGAUUCUGGGUUUAUUGGGCUGAUAUUUUCCUGUUUUAAUGAAGAUGUGCACAAGGUUGGAAGGAUCCAAGUUAUUGCUUUCCAGUCCUUGGAUGGGAAGCAGAAUCACAUGUUGAGACCAGUCUCUCUGUCCCCUGUAAAUAGAAGUUUAGUUAUAGAUAUUGAGUCAUCUGUAAGUUCCUCAGAGAAUGCAUUAACAAGAUCCGGCUCUACUAAGGCAGAAGGUCUUGCACUCCUGGACACUGGUGACUCAAAAGCAGCUGCUGGAGCUUCUAAGGGUAUUGGAAGGUCGUCAGACUUGGGGGAUUUCUUUGCUAAUGCUGAUGCAAACUAUCUAGGUGGUGAUGGAAUGGGAGGAAACAAAUUAAAUUCCAUGGUUGAUUUAGACCCCAUGGAUAUGUCAGAAAGUAUGCAAGAAGCUAUGCACCGUUCAAAUUUGGACAUGAGUGGUGCAGAGUUUGUCAGGAAGGAAAUUCCUCUUCAUGUUCUGCCAACUUUAUCUCUUCUCAAGCUCGAUUCGCCUUUGUAUUCAUUUACAGAUUUGCAACAUGUACUAUAUGAAGAGGAGCUUACAGCGUAUAACCAAGCCAUCUUACAGAAUUUGAGGGAUGGGAAAGUGCACCCGCUUACUUUCAUUCAUCACACAUCUACCUAUCAGGCUUCCAUGUGCAAAUUAAUGGAGUAUUGCUUAAGUCCUGCCAUAAAUGCUCUCCAGGAUCGUUUGAGAGAGAACGAAAUUCGGUUAACUAUGCUGACUGAGGAAGCCAAGAUUUUGGAGACCAGCGAGCCAAGUUUGGGUUCCCCUCGUAAUAUUCCAUCUCAUGGACUCCGAGGAAGUUCUUCGUUUGGUCAUAGGGAUUUGUAUAGUCCUCCCGAGUCCGCCAAUAUGCGAAAUGUUGCUGCUUCUAGUAGUCGGAGUAGAAAAGGGUCUUCGACUAAUCCAAACUAAAUUCUUCCCAAAGCAUUCUGGUGAUCUGCAACUUUAUUGGCAGUUGGCAUUCCAGGUAAUCAAGUUGUAGACGCGGAACUUGCACUUGUCGGGUGUUUGCCCUUUUUUGACCUAUUUGAUCUAUCUGGAACUGGAGGAUUGCAUGACGGAGUUGAGUCCCUGGCAAAGCAUGGGCAUGUGGAUUGAAUGUUUCUUUUGGGGUUUUUUUGAUUGUUGGCUUCUCAAAGUGCGGGACUCCAUUCUUGAUGUUCACUCCUUGCUAAAUGUUUUAGAAAAUAUGAAAUAGAAAACCAGCAUUUUAUUGUGUAUAUGUACUUGGGAUAUAAUGGGAACACAACAGCAGUCGUUUUGCACUUUCUGCCCGUAUUUUCUAGGUGCCUCUCUUAGUUUAUAAGCCUUCGUAUAUAUUUUCUCUACUGGCAGUUCAUGACUUUUGGCCAUUUGACUCUCAUUUCAUAUAUUUUCUUGAAUUAUGCAACCCUUGAUUGGCAGUUC